AGCAGAGAGUAUCCGCUGCCAGUGAAGCAAGUCGUGCAGAAGUCGAAGGAGAUUUGUUUUUUUGCAUUGUGCGACUAAUUAGGGUUUGACAUCACAUUAAUGUCCUUUUGUGGAACGCAAAAUAGUGGGCGCCGCAGCAAGUGGGACCAGCCCGACCCCGGGCCCAGAGGCUCCGGUGGGAUGCUGCAGCGUGAUUCGUUUCCCUGCGGGGCUCUGGAUGCUGCAGCGGCCGUUGCUGCCAAAAUCAACGCUAUGUUGGUGGCUAAAGGGAAGCUGAAGCCAUCACAGAUUAACCCCCCGCUACCAUCCGACAGGACUGUCGGUACUGUGAAGCCUCCUGCACCCACCAAAGCAACUGACCUGGUGAUCGCUGAAGUUGAGAUCAACGACGUCCCUUUGCCCUGUCGAAAUCUCCUAACCCGCGGACAGACUCAGGAAGAGAUCAGUAAAGUGAGCGGAGCUGCAGUUUCAACCAGAGGGCGGUACAUGACAACGGAGGAAAAAGGCAAAGCGUUGCCAGGAGAUCGACCCUUGUAUCUGCAUGUUCUAGGAAAGACAAGAGAGCAUGUGGACAGAGCGGUUAAUGGAAUCAAGGCAAUCAUCGCCAGUGGUGUUGUAAAAGCUGCAACAGCUUCUUCAGCCACUUCCUCUUUCUCCCCCAGUGGCGCUUCAGUCACUGUCUACCAACAGCAGAACCCACCUGCUCCCACGCUGCCCCCUGUGACGAACCACAAACCUCACUUUCAGUCAGGGAUGCAUUAUGUUCAGGACAAGAUCUUUGUGGGCCUGGAGCACGCCGUUCCUGGGUUCGUGGUCAAAGAGCGAGUUGAGGGCCCCGCCUGUUCCUAUCUGCAGCACAUUCAGGCUGAGACCGGAGCCAAAGUCUUCCUACGAGGAAAAGGAUCAGGCUGUUUAGAGCCUGCAUCUGGACGGGAGGCCUUUGAACCCAUGUACAUUUACAUUAGUCAUCCUAAACCAGAAGGACUGGCAGCAGCUAAAACCCUGUGUGAGAAUCUCCUUCAGACGGUCCAUGCAGAAUAUUCCCGCUACGUCAGUCAGAUGAGCUCAGUGAUGCCGACGCCACAAGGUUUUCCACAGCCUCCAGUAGUAAACGGGAUCCCUCCUCAGCCCCCUUACUUCCCUCCAGCUGGAAUCCAGCCAAGCUACAGCGUGCCCGUACCACCGCCAGCGCCCCAACCUGUCCCACCGCCUUUCAAUGUACCACCUCCAGUCCUGCCUGCAGGCGGGCCUUCUCAGUACCCUGUACGGCCACCCCCUGCCCCUCUUCCAUUUCCGGUUGGUCUUUCUAUUCCUGCUCCACCCCCUCCUCCUGUUCUGCCUCCAGUUCCCAAUCCAGCUCCAGAUGUUCUGCAACAGACCCUUCCUCCUCUACAUUCCACAUCAACGCCUCAAAAACUUCCGCCUCAGGCCGCCCCGUCCAACCCGCCUCAGAAGAGACGAUUCACAGAGGAGGUACCAGACGAGAGGGAUAGCGGCCUGCUUGGGUACCAGCAUGGACCCAUUCAUAUGACUAAUUUAGGUGCAGGCUUCUCAGUGGGCAGCACAGAGACUUCAGGAGCCGCACAGCAGAGUUCCUCUGGCCCGGCGAGUGAGAGGGACAGUAGGCACCUAAUGCCUCCACCAACAUCGCUGGGCGUGAACGGAGUCAGACACCAGAUGGACGGGAGGAGAAUACAGCAAGCCUUCGUGGAGCCUUCAGUGAAACGACUCAGAACUGGUUUGGUAGCUUACACCGGCGACUCUUCUGAUGAAGAGGAAGAGCACCCUUCUUCCAAAGCCUCAUGGCUAGGUAACCGUCCACCCACUUCUGCUGCUACAACCUGGGCUCAGAGCUAUCGCUGCCCCCCGCCACAGCAAACUCGUGCCAAAAACCAACCACAGCAACAAUCCAUUCCUUUCUGGAUGGCACCAUGAAAAGGAAACGUUUCUAAGUUCUCUUAAAUCCUACAGGACCUCAUUUUUUCCCUUCCACUUGGAUCAUGUGGAGGACAGCUUCUUCACAGCUGUGCCUCUGUUUGAACAAUGAACUCAGAUCCAAGUAGAUGUACAAAAUGUUUUGUAUACAUUAUAGUUUGGAAGUGAACACUUGCACGGCUUUCUUUCUUUUCUUUAUUGAUCUGUAGGUCCGAUCAGUGGUGGUCUGCACCACACUUUACAACAGAUU